GGACGGGAGUGUCGCGGUGAGCUGAGCCUGGAGUCGGGUGUGUGAUUUAUCCGUCAGACGCGAUGACAGGAGCUGUCUUAGGGGGUUUAUUCCUCUGAUGUUGGAAGGAGAGCAUGGCUUUCAUAAGCGAGCGGCAGCUGACACAGUGGCAUCUCAAGUCCUUGAAGUGGUGCGACUCCACAGCAGUGUUUCCGAGAUAAACCUCUAGAUUAGAUACUAUUAGAAAUCACUGGACUCUGAGUCUUCGCCAUCCAGGGAAACUGUUGCUGAUCGCUUGGCCAGAGGAGCCCAACGUGUAAAUACAAGGGUCAACAUUUUGGACCGGACGUCCAGUCGAUCAGUCGAGUGCAGACGGGAUGAAUCUGUGGAGCUCGGAGUCAGUGCAGGGGGCGCUCAAAGCCCUGAAGCACGCCGCGGGGAGAGGACACCUCCAGCUGAGCCGCUGGCUGCAGCGGACCCCGGACUCACUGGACUGCGACAAGAUCGACAUCUUGAUCUGUAACGUGUUUGACGAGCGAGGGAACGGAGGGAGACCGGAUGCGGACCCCGCGGGUCACACCGAGCCCGGCGCGUCCUUCACUCCCGAGUUCAGACACCCGUGCUGCAUCACCACCUGUUGCUUCAAGAGCGCCCUGCUGGCGUGCGUCCUGACAGCCGUGUGCUUCUCCUCGGUGGCUCUGGUCCGUCAGUACCUGAAGGACGUGCUGCUGUGGGUGGAGAGUUUGGACAGUUUCGUGGGAGCCCUGCUGUUCAUAGUGGGCUUGAUCACGGUGUCGUUCCCCUGCGGCUGGGGCUACAUCGUGCUGAACGUGGCCGCGGGGUACCUGUACGGGUUUGUGUUGGGAAUGGGUCUGGUGAUGGUGGGGGUUUUGAUCGGGACUUUCAUCGCUCAUGUGGUGUGUAAGCGACUGCUGACGAACUGGGUUCUGGGUAAGAUCAGCAGCAGUGAACAGCUGAGUGCUGUUAUUCGGGUCGUGGAGGGGGGAAGUGGACUCAAGAUCGUGGCCUUGGCGAGACUCACGCCGAUCCCUUUCGGUCUCCAGAACGCGGUCUUCUCGAUCACAGACGUCUCCUUGCCAAAUUAUUUAGUGGCUUCCUCAGUGGGACUCCUCCCAACACAACUCCUUAACUCAUAUCUGGGCACCACCCUGCGCACAAUGGAGGACGUGAUCGCCGAACAGAGCGUCAGCGGAUACUUUGUGUUCAGUCUACAGAUCUUCAUCAGCAUAGGCCUGAUGUUUUAUGUUGUACAUCGAGCACAAGUGGAACUGAACGCCGCCAUUGCAGCCUGCCAGUUGGAGCUGAAGACGUCGUACAUGAACGGUGGAGCGGCCAGCCACGGCGGGUCGACCUACUGCAGCAAACGUGCUGCCACAGGAGGGGGGAUCAACGUGGUCUGAGCAGCGUCUUUGCUGCUGAUGAACGUAUUUCAACCCUACAUCCAGUUGGGCUGUCCUGACUGGACGGAUGGAGAUCUGUCUCGCCUGCUUCAGGGAGUCUCGGGAGCUGCUACGGUCCCUGCCAGCUGUUCUAGUUAUGACGGAGGUCUGAUGUGGAGCGGCACCGGACUGUCAAAGAGCCCAGCAUCAGACCCGAAGAUUGGGACCCUGGGCCAGGAUUAUAUGAGAAGCUUAUGAGAUUGACUUGAGAUUUUUGUUAUCUUGGUACUUUUUCUUGAAAAAAAAAAAAAAUUAUGAUACUCAUAUAAAAUUAAAUAACUUUAUAAGAGGUCUGAAGCAUGAAAUUGGUAAAUUAAUUAAAGUAAAUGUUAUAGAAUUGUAGUUAUUAAAGAGGGCCCAACUAAUAUAUCAGGUUAAUAUGCUUAAGAUGUUUGCUUUAUUAUUCAUCUAAAAUUAUUUCUUCUUAUUGAAAGUUUGUAUUUUAUUUUUAUUUUAUUUUUUUAUGUAUGUCUAGAGUAAGAAAAACAUAUUAUCAGUCAGUACCACCUGGAUAAAAUUGUGGCUUUUGCCAAACUGGGAACACAUUUGCUACACUGGAACAGAUGGGAGGGAAGGAACUUUUCUUAGCUGGAUAUUUAAGGACGUCCUGCCAAGAAGCUUUAGCACAGCAUGAUAAGCUCAGCGGUGUGAUCGUACUCGUUUGAUUUCUCAUUCUCAUAUUGAGAGGACUGAAACUCUGCCUUCUUUGUGUUAUUUAACCAAAUGCUUUAUUACAGGGCUGUUACAUCACUUCUGUUCAUUUAUUCAUCGUUAGAAUAAUUCAGAACGUUUGCACACAUGGAAUUUCACAAACUGAAUAAGUAAGAUGCAAUGCUGAAAAGUGAUUAUUGUGAAUAUAUUCUAUAUAUUGAAUAUAUGAAGUUUGUAGAAUUAUAUAAAUGUAUUUAGAUGAAUAUUUUCCCAAAUUAGAGGAAAUGUAUAUAAAAAAGGGAAGCAUUGUCAUAUGUUAGUACAUUACUAUUAUUCUUAUGUAAUGAAUGCUGAAGGUCCAUGUUAUUCACAUCAGUUUAAUGGUUGUUGGCACUGUGCUAAAAUGGCUCACAAUUGCCUACAAUGCAUCUUUUGCAAAAAUGCACACUAGUGAAAACUCGGCUCAAAGCCUCCACAGCUCAGUAACUCAUGGUGAGUGCAGAGAGAACCGCUAAAAUAACUGAGAAAACUACAACCGAAAUGUUAUUCGACGACUCUGGUCAUGGUAAUGUCUGUCAUUCCCUCCUUAGAGAUUCCCCUAAUUAGAAACAAAAGACUCCCGAGCAUUGACUGACGUAUUUGGGUCCCAGUUAUAUAAUUUAGCACAGGCUUCUGCUAACGAGCUCGGAGCCGCGGUGACCUCACAGCUUCCACACCGGGAACAUGAAAUCCCUCCAUGCAGGGAACUUCACACAAUCCUGCUGCUUUGUUUGAUUUGUCUCCUCAUUACCUUCUCCCAUGCUCAAUGACACUGUUGUGCUGUUUGACAUGAAAUUAUACGGUAAAUCCAGAUGUACAUGCUGUAAGUCAGUGUGGAGAUGGAAAAGACUUUGAUUUAAGGGUUUGAUUUUGUCAUUUUUAGCUCUUUAUUUUUUUUUUACUUUUUUUUUAUAAAUUGGAAAUGCAUGCUAUCAAUGAUGGAUGUCUCAUUAGCUGAAAUGUACACUUGGUGGGUGGUGACUUCAUUCUCAGUGUCAUUUGAGACUCACAGUUUGGUUUACAGCAUCAACAUUAGAGCGUCAUCGUAAAUCUGACAAUCAGUUGAACAGCGAUGCGCUGCUUAUUCUGAAAAACCAUCUCAUCUUACUCUCCAGUUAUAGUUUUGCUGCUACUCUUAGACUGUUGGGUCUGCUGACAAGGGCUCCAAUUAAUAUUGCAAUUUUACUACAAAGUAAUGUACACCAUUUCGUGUUUUGUUUCUUACAUGGAGAGUGUGCCAAUAGAUUUUCUAACAAGUUGUUGCAUUUAUUUUGAAAAGUGCAGGUGUAACUGUGCACAAAUUGACACAUUCUUUAACUUAAAAAUGGGAUGAAUGGUUUUAUGAAUUUUUAUUUCUUUUUUUUUGAUCAAGGAAAUGGAAAAGCCCCUCUGUUUUCUGAAUUUAGCAAUAAAUAAAAACCGAACAUGCUGACUCACCGUCUGAGUUACAUUGUAGAGAUCCAACAGUCCUGGUCUUGUGUUACGAUGUCAACCUGCCUUGUACCUCUUGCUGCCUAAGACGUUGAAACGGGACACUUGCCUGCAGUGUGUUCAGACUCUUCAUUCCAGCAGGCAUUGGGUUGUGAUAACUGAAAAACUGAAGAUUCUUGGGAUUUCAAAUGCAAACAGAAUCGAAAUCUAACAAACUACAAAAAAUAAAUGAUCAUUUGAGGAUAUGUAUCAGUGCUUUGUCUUAUAUUUCCAGUUUGAUAUGCAUCAGUGCGUAUAAUAGCAAAGGAGUCUUGCGAGGUUCUUGCAAACCUUAAUCUGAGAUUACAGCACAUUAAAAAACAAAACAAAAAAAAUUUUCAAAUGUAAUUUCAGAUUAGGGCACAUCAGGUACUAUACUAAAACCUCUUGACCCCUUUGACAAGUGCAUUUUACAUACACUGUAUUUUGUAAUACAGAGAAUUUUGCAAUGUAAAUUAAUAUUUAUUGCUGUAUCAUGCUUGUUCAGUGUUAUUUAUGAAAUAAAACUAUUGAAAAGAGACACA